AGACCAGGAUCAGGCUGGUCCAGGAUCUGCUUGGUCCUCAUGGCUGCAGCUGUGGCCUUCAGGCUGGCGGAGCCGGGCGACUUCCUGCAGGUCCUGAACAUCUGCAGCGAGGCCUUCGACGGGCUGGACUACAUGGCUGUUUUCUACCAGCGCUGGCUGGAGGAGCCGGGACGCCUCGUCUUCGUCGCAGCGCUGGACAGCAGAGUGGUGGCGCUGGAGUCUGCGUUGCUGGUGGAUGGCGGUCAGACCGCCGUGUUUCAGGGUCUCAGGGUAGCAUCUGACCUACGAGGCCGUGGCGUCGCCGGCGCCCUGCAGAAACAUGUGACCGACUACAUCCGCCACCAUUACCCACAAGUCUCUGCCUGCAGGCUGAGCCGUGGAGACCAGCCGUCACCGCAGACACUGAGCAAGUACAGCCUCGUCGCCAAGGAGGCCAUCCUGUCUCUCUGCUGUGAGGCGACCGACCUCGGCCUCUUCCUCGCCGAGCUUCGUGCCAAAGUCCCCUGUAACUCCUCCUCCUCCUCCUCCUCCUCCUCCUCCUCCUCCUGCUCUCCCGGCCCGGUGAUGCUGAGCCAGCAGGAGGCGGAGACUCUGAUCCUGUCUGACCACGUCGUUUCCAAACUGCUGCCGGGCCAAACCAUCAUCAACGACUGGGAGCCUCUGAGGCCCGUGGAGGCCAACCUGGAGGUUCUUCGCCGCCGGGGCCUGACGUGGAUCGCGGACCGCCGGUCCGAGCCCGCCGCCCUCAGCCUGUGCACCGUGCCGUACGCCGUCCCCCUCCGCCACGACGCCCUGCAUUUCAACAUGAACAUCUUCGGCCGGAGUCUGGCUCCGGUCUGCUCCGUGUUCGUGGCCCAGCUGGAGGCGCUGCUGCCCAGCCUCACGGGGUACCUGGUCUUCCACACCUACGUGGACCCGCCGCUCUGGCCCGGGCUACGGCACUUCUGCCAGAACACCGCCAACGUGCUGUUUUUCAAGGACUACUGGGAGGAGCUGGUGCUGGAGACGGAGCUCUGACUGGCUGGACUUCCUCCUCCUGCAUGUUGCUUCAGACUGAGAGCUGGGCGCAGAGCUUCAGGCCUAUGCUGCCACCUGCUGGCUGUUUUAAUGCACUGCGCAAAGAGUGCCUGUAUUUUUCAAGACCGUCUGGACGGAGUUGGUCAUGAUCUCAUGAUCUGAGGGCAGGUAUGAGUGGGCGGAGGGUUCAGGCGUCACGGUCAGUCACAUUUCCAUUUUGGUCAAAGCAGCGUUCCCCUGCAGUGUGUCUGUUAACCGUGCUCUACAGUAUUAACAGUAUUACAGUAUUAACCCUGUUCUUCUGUUUUAUAAUGUGUAUAUUCUGAUUAUUUUAUGGAGCCACAUGAUAGGCACCUUGUUUUUUGUUUGUUUGUUUGUUUGUUUGUUUGUUUGGUCUUUCAUCAGAUUGUCUUUCCUUUCAAACUGCUCUUUGUUUGAUAUA